AUGGCUAGCGAGGAAAGACCAUUGGGCGUGACGCCGCCCAUCUCCUCCGCCCUCCCAACCGAAGCAGAGAACCAUGCGAUGCAGACCCUUAUCGACGAGCUUCGGAGGCAGAACACCUUUGAGAGCCCUGCAGACACCCAAAAAAGGGAAAAGGUUCUUGAGCAUCUUGCGCGGAUAUGCGACGAGUUCGUCAAACGAGUGGCCCGGGAACGGGAAAAGGGCAACGACGCCCUCAUCAGAGAUGCCAGGGGCAAGAUCUUUACCUACGGCAGCUACCGCUUGGGUGUUUAUGGCCCAGGCUCCGAUAUCGAUACCCUUGUCGUCGCCCCGAAAUACGUUACCCGCGCCGACUAUUUCGAGAUCUUCCCCGACCUGCUCAAGGAGAUGGCCCCUCCCGGCGCCAUCACAGACAUGGCUGUUGUUGCCGACGCUUUCGUUCCCAUUAUUAAGUUCGAAUUUUCCGGCAUCAGCAUCGACCUGAUCUUCUCCCGCAUUGCCAUGCUUAAGCAGUUGCCCAAGGACUUCAACGUUCAGGAUUCCGGUCUGUUGCGAGGUCUCGAUGAAGCAGAGCUGCGAUCCCUCAACGGCACUCGGGUGACAGACGAGAUCCUUAGUCUUGUUCCCGAGCAAGCUACUUUCAAGUUAGCCCUGCGCGCCAUCAAGCUUUGGGCACAGCGACGUGCCAUCUACGCCAACAUCAUGGGAUUCCCCGGCGGUGUGGCAUGGGCCAUGUUAGUUGCCCGUGUCUGUCAAUUGUACCCGAAAGCAGCAAGCUCCGUCAUUGUCAACAAGUUCUUCCACAUCAUGCGCCGCUGGCCGUGGCCUCAGCCGGUCCUUCUCAAGCAGGUCGAGGGCGGUCCCCUCCAAGUCCGCGUUUGGAAUCCCAAGCUCUACAAGGGUGACCAGUUUCAUCUUAUGCCCGUCAUUACCCCCGCCUACCCCUCCAUGUGCGCCACUUACAACAUCACACGAUCGGCCAUGACUGUCAUACAGCAAGAACUGCAACGAGGUUGCGAUAUUACAGACGCUAUCAUGUUGGGCAGAAACCCAUGGAGCGACCUCUUUGUCAAGCAUACGUUCUUCACCCAGGGAUACAAGUACUACAUCUCUGUCAUCACUUCCAGCACAGAUAAGGAAGCCCACAAGGUUUGGUCGGGCUACGUGGAGUCUAAAGUGCGCGUCUUGGUUCAAGGUCUGGAGCAGCAUCAGUCGAUAGCGUUGGCCCAUGCGUUCAACAAAGGGUACGAACGCCGACACAGGUGCGCCAAUGAGACAGAGGUUCAUCAAGUCCAAGCUGGGAACAUGUCCUUCCUGGUCAAAGAUGGCGAGGUUCACGACACAAGUUCGGUCAAAGUCGAGACGGAGGCGGGGUUGAAUAACAUGCCCGUGCUCAAGUCUGGACCGGCGGAAACGACCCUAGGGAUUAAAGAGGAAACGGAACCGGCUGACAUCAAGCAAGAGAUGUCAUCAGCUGCCAACCUCAAGGCGGAGAAAGAGGACCAUUCUGUUCCGGCAAUCGACGUUUUCACCACCACACACUACAUAGGACUGACACUGAGUGAAGGCGCGAAAUCGCUCGACUUGUCCUAUCAAGUCGACAACUUCAAGUCACUGUGUACGACAUGGGAGAAAUACGAUCCCACGUUGAACUGCCUGGCCGUCCAACACGUGCGAAGUUUCAACCUUCCCGACGAUGUUUUUGAGCCGGGCGAGAAGAAACCCCAGAAACCUCAAAAGAGGCAAGCAAAUGCGAACGGCUCGGCACAGAUCAAAAAACGAAGCGCUUCAGAGGUACUGCAUGCUUGGUCUAAGCUCACGGUCACGCCCGAGGGCUCUUCACGAGGCGACCGAAACCCCCAGGCUGACAGAUUGCAUAGGAAAAUCAACAGCCGCCGGCCAAGCGCCAACAGGCUUCCGUUACGGCUGCUGGCUGAGCAUCCUUCGGGGACGCCCCACCCCAUACACUUCUGCUUCGAGACCGCACAGGAUCCCAGCAUUUGA